GAAAUAAACGCCGUCACUGUCGCGCUUGUUAGAUAAUGUGAAGGCCCACAAAGACUGGCAUUUGUAAAUGCAAUCUGUCACAUUGGAUUUGGAAAACAAAAUAAAUUUUUACGAGUGCGGAUCGGCCGUGUGUCUGGUUUAUUUUAUUUUGCUUUCGAAACUUACGUUUUAUGUGUGAUAUAAUGAAUUGCGUUAAGUUAAACGAUAUUGGUAGUAAAAUAACUACCGACAAUAAUUAAUCAUGAACUCAGAAGCGAGGAAUUAAAGUAUGAAUUUGUAUUUCGAAAUUUGACUUGCUUAUGUUCGGACUGAGUGGCAAAACAAAUGAAGAAUUAGGUUUACUGGAUAAGAAAAUUUACAAAUAUAACAAUACUCAACGAACUGAUGCCGACGACAAUAAAGUAGAAUAUCGCUAACAAUACAUUCCGCGAUAUCGAAUCAAUUGAACAAGACUGAUUUUUAGUAGUAUACGCACAUUCCUCGAAUAAUGUUAUAGUAAAAAAAACAAAGAUGUUCAAGUUACUCGGAGGCUUGAGCGUUUACUUCAAGUACCAGCCGAUAAAGAUAGAUAAUGCUGUGUUCAGACUGCACAAUAUAUUCACAACGGUGUUACUGCUUACCUGUUCGGUGAUCAUCACUGCGACGCAGUAUGUCGGCCAGCCCAUACAGUGUAUUGUCGGUGGUGGAUUGCCGGCGAACGUUGUCAACACAUUUUGUUGGAUCACAUCUACGUUUACGAUGCCGGACGCCUUUGCCAGAGAGAUUGGCAAAGAGGUAGCCCACCCGGGCGUCAUGAACGAGUAUGACAGUUCGCAGGAGAAGAAGUACUACACGUACUACCAGUGGGUGUGCUUCGUGCUGUUCUUCCAGGCAAUCAUGUGCUACACACCCAAAUACCUGUGGGACGCGUUCGAAGGCGGCCUCCUUCGCACCAUCGUCAUGGGGCUGAACGUCGGCAUCUGCCACGCAGAAGAGAAAGAGAAGAAGAAAGAUGUCAUCAUCGGUUACCUGUUAAGGCACGAAAGGACGCACAAACUAUACGCGUUUAGGUAUUGGGGCUGUGAGCUGCUCUGUCUCAUCAACAUCGUACUGCAGCUGUGGAUGAUGGACUCCUUCUUCAACGGCGAGUUCUUCUCCUACGGCACCCGGGUGCUGGGCUAUAGUGAAGUUCCGCAAGAAGAAAGGUUCGAUCCAAUGAUCUACGUGUUCCCGCGCGUCACCAAGUGCACGUUCCACAAGUACGGAGCGUCGGGCACAAUCCAGACGCACGACUCGCUGUGCAUCCUGCCGCUCAACAUAGUCAAUGAGAAGACGUACAUCUUCCUCUGGUUCUGGUACAUCAUCCUCGCGUUCAUCCUGGUGCUGCUCGUGAUAUACAGACUGAUAAUAAUCUGCGUGCCGUCCGUGCGGCCGCGCCUGCUGCACGCGCGCUCGCGCACCAUCGCCAUGGAGACGGCCGUGAUCGUGUCGCGGCGCACCGACGUGGGCGACUGGUGGCUGCUGUACAUGCUCGCCCGGAACAUGGACCCGCUCAUAUACCGAGAGCUAAUCUCCGAGCUCAUAAAGCGAAUGGGCGAGAAGAGCGGACCGCGCGCGUGACGAGCGGCCAAGGAGGCGCGCAUCGCCAUCGUGGGCGACUGACGCGUGCGUACACCGUACCUUCAUGCUGCGACAUGCUGUUUAUACACUGCGCGGAUGUUCACGGUCUAGUUUGUCUAAUAUGUGUUUUCGACAUAUUUCGAGAAGGGAAAAAGAUAUAUUGUCCGACAAAAGUGGGGAGUUCAAAUAUCACUCCUUAUAAACAUGGGUUAAGGUUUAAACCUCAUUUUUCUUUUAAGUAAACAGAACUUUAUGUAUUUAGGUUCACUUUACUUUAGAAGAAAAUUGAUGUUUAAAUAUUGAUACAUGCUUAUAAAUGUGGCCGUUACAGUCCAACGCAACAAAUGUUGCGAGAGCGAUAUUUAUGAUUCCGCUGCUAUUGAUCGAUAUUUGUCUUUCUCGCAUCUCAGGAUAUGUCUUGGUCAUCUUAAGUCUAUAGGUCACACUCAUCGCGGAAUCCCGUACUAUUAGGGUGAGGCCGAACGAGCGUAAUUAUGUGAGUUGUCAGUCGCAUAAUUUCGGUCGCAGAAAUUCGCAUGUAAGUCGAAACACAACUCAUUCUGCGACGCCGUGUGUCAGGAACUGGACUUUUGUAUGAAAUCGAAUGUAGCAGAAAUUACGCGACUGACAACUCACAAAAUUACGCUCGUUUGGCCUCAACCUUACCGUCAAUUGUGUAACAAACCUCACCAAUAUUCCAUUUGAGGGAAAAAGAGGCAAUUCGCUCCGGUGUCGCGAAUAUUUUCGCGCAAAUAUCAUCGCGAUGUGUGCGGUCUAGGCAGUAUAUAAUGGACGCUUUCUUUGCCACAGUCCGCAAAAAUUAAACGUAGCCAAAUUGAACCUCGUUUUUAGAAUCUCUACAAAAACAUUUUUGAAUUAGCAUGGAUUUCUCUGAUACUGUAGCCAUAUUGAAACUCGUUUUCAGUACCAUAAUAAUUUUAUUUUGCAAAUUUCCGUGUGACUGAAAAAUACCUCUUUGACAAAUUCAUCAAAAAAACUUUAUAGAAGAUAAAAACUUAAUUAAUAUUAUCGUUUCUAUUGAAUAAUGUCGAAUUAAUUUCUUCGUAAAAUGCUUCUGUAUGGCCUAGUUCGGACUACUUUUAGUAUUUUAGUAGAGUAGGACCAAUUUUUGGAUUUACAGCCCAAAAAUUGUUCGUACUCGAAUAAAAUACUAAAGUAGUCUGUCUGUACGGCCUAUCUCAGAGUGAAUUGGAAUUGAGCUAACUGACAGAUUUGUCAGAUUAUUGAGGAAAAUGGCAAAGUAAACUUGUUAUUAAUUUUUAUGAUGAUUUUAUUACUACUGGCAAGCAGUAACGAUUUAUAUUUAUUAUUCGUAUGUUCUUACGACUGAUAAUUGAAGCAUUAAGGAUACUCGUGCAAUUUUUCUUUGCGCUUUAAAAUUACUAACAAUACUGACUAGGAAUUAUGGAACAAAUCUGAUUUUAUUGGUUGCGUUUGGUGUAAUUGAACCCCUAUAGCGAAAGUAUGAUAUGAAAGUAUGUCAAUCGAAAUCUUGGUACUACAUGCCUUUCAAUUAAAUAACGAGUUUCGAUUUGAAAAAAUAAAAGAUUCAUUGAUAGAUUGAAACUGAAAUCACUCUAGGGGAGAAUGAUGUGACGAAGCAAUAAAACAAUGUUUAGAAUAAGCUGAAUAUUCCUAAUUUAAUUGCCAUUACUAAAAGUUACCGAUUGGUACAUAAAUAUGGGGCAAUAGACAACAGAAAGUAUUCAUAGAAAGCAAGAAAAUCCUUCAAAAGUUCACGCUACUAAAGUUGGAUAAGCUUAAAAAGUCUAAAACCAACAGGCCGGUUAUAAAAAGAAAUAUAUCACGUUGGAUUUGCAAUUGAUAAUAAGUUUUGUUCCAUGGUGUUAAGGACUAUAUUAGCUUGCUCAUUGGAGAAAAGGGCUCGACCAUUCUUUCGUAAUCUGUGGCUAUACAUAUGGAAGUCUUCCACGACUUCGAAUAUUUUAUAAUGUAAGUAAUUAAUUAGGGUAAUAAAUAUGACUUGCACUGCCAUUUUUAUCUGAUAAACUAUUUUUUUUGUUAACUGACAUAAGACCAGGCACGCAUGUCGAUUAUUUAAUAUUUAUAUGGACGAUUUUUAAAAUCAUCGGCCAUAUAAAUUAAAUUAAAUGGAUGGAAUAUGUUGACGAUGCAAUAUUUGUUUACUUUAAUAAUGAUAUACCCAAUAUCAUGAAAAAGGUGCAUAUACUCGUACCAAAUCGUUCAUGAUGAAAGUUCUGAUUAAUAUAUAAGAAUAUCAUUUGCUUUUAGAGAUCCUUGACCAAUUACAUUAAAAGUUGGUGUACAAAUCACCAUUUGUCUCAUGUAGUUUGGUGUCUUUUUUCUUAAAUUUAAUGUUUUAAAUUAUUAAUCUUGUCUCGAAUUCUAAAAAUCUCUUGAUUAGUAUAAAAUAUGGUUGUUAAUACUGUGACAAACUAUUUAUACAUUUUAGAAAGAAAAAUCUCGAAAAUUUGAGGGACCUGAUGUUUUAUGCAAUAUGUUUUAUUAACAUUUUAUAAUAUACAACUCAAUUUUGCGCAAAAGUUAUUUGAGAGUAGGUGAAGAACGAAGGUAUUAUCUAGCUAAUGCUACAUUAAACCCAUUGAGGAGUAAAAAUAUUAUUAUGUGGCAUAUGAAAGUAAGAACUUUUAUUGUCAACGCUUCAAAUGAGUUAGAUACGUAGUAGUUAGAAUUUGUAGGCAAAUCAAGUUAGUGAGUCUUCGAUUGCGCGGUACAGAGGUGCAAAAAAAUCAAAAUUCAGUUAUUUAAAGGAGGCUUAGUUUACAAGAAACUUCAAAGUUGAUUAUUUUUAAAGGCCCAUUCUACCACCGGUUCGGAAGGCAUGUUCUGCCGGCGAGAAACUUAACAGUUGCUCUUUUAAAAAAUCAAAUAAUAUUACAAUUUCUUAUAGUUUUACUUCCUGUGUGAAGGCGCAAGCCGAUCCAAUUACCUCCAAGCAUCUUUAUCAUUACUGACCAUCAUUAUCAGGAACUGACCAGUUGUGUGGUAACUGGCAGGGCGGGCACUGAUGUCUAUAUUGAGUUACAUAGAUGUAGAUAUAUUUAAAGAACCACCAGUGUCUCUGGUUAACAGGCGUAUUGCCUUCCGCACCUUUCAUGCUUCCCUAUGUCGUAAUAUAUCUGUACCGCGCAUAUGAAGACUGAGUUAUACGAUUUGCCUGUAAUUUCACAACUAUCGUUCAGUAAGAUAUUUUCAGUGUUGCCAUUACAUAUGAAUUUUUACCGUUAAGUAUUUAGUAGAAUUUUCCGAGGGUAUUUCUCAAUUUAUUUGUAUAAUAGGGUAAUAGGUUUAAGAAUACUGUAUACGCUAUAAUUUGGUAAUGUUUGAAUUUAAGGUCACAGAUGUGCCUAACUGAGGCUUCACGCGUGGAGGGACGUGGCGAUGUUAUAAUUUCUUAAAAAUAAUGUUUUAUUAGGAAUAACAAAUAGAAACCGUCUUAAAGUAUAACGAAAACCUUAUCUAAUUCAGAUCAAAUCAGCUUUUGAAAUAAUUGCUGACUUAUAAACAUACGUUCGUACAGUGUCCUGCGUCACGUCCUUUAUUACAUUUAAAUGUAAAGUAUUAUAUAUUACGAUUUAAAUUAUAAUGUCUGAUUUUGUACAAAACUAAUUCAAAAGUAAUUAUAAGUCCUACCCUUUCCAUAGAUAUUUAAUUGCAAGUGCCAAUAAUUUAGUGAAUAAACACUACGCAAAAGACAUUAGCCUGUUAUAUAUGCAUAUCGUAUAUUAUAAUUGUUUACUAAAGUGUAUGUAUAAUUUAACAAUUUGUCCGUAUAAUAUACAAAUACAUGUUUUAUAAUUCUUGAAAGGUCAUGAUUUUUAUUUUUUUGGCACAAAUUUCUAAAAAUACUGUAAUAAUAUUAAUAAUUAUAGGUUAAAUUAACGUAUCAACGGGACAACCGCUAAAAGUCCUCUCUCGCGCGGAACGGUGAUGUGGACUCACUGUAUUGUCCACUGACGAAAGUUUAACUGUAGUCUGGCAAGUUCGUUGAUAACACUCCCAUGAUAUGCGGGCGACAGGGGGAAAGACUGUGCGGGUGUGAAAUUAUGCGUGCGUGGAAGUGACGUGCAUCAGUCGUGGGUUUUUCAUUCAUUGCUUUACUCCUCCCGGCCCGCGCCGAACAUAGGGAGUGUUAAGAACGAAGUUGCCAAGCUAUAAAAGUAGUUGCAUACGUAACGUGAUUUAAUUCGGGUAAAACAGUACUACUUUUAUUAAAUGUAACUAAAUUAUUGUAUUCAUAACUGAAUUGGGACUGAUUAAGAAGUGUAGACUGGAAUGUAAUGCCUUAUGUAUACAAGGUAGAGUUGAGAAGCGAGCAUGAUGAGAGAGUUAGAGUUAGUAUGGGAAUUGUGUAUAAGGUAAGGAUUAGUAUGACAAUCAAUUUUUUCUUAUCCUGUCACAAAUCAGCUUUGUAAAUAUAACCUUAAAACAUGAAUAGAUUUUGACUAAAAUGAACUGUGGCGUUAGACCCUGAAAUUAGAAAGUACAUAGAUUGUAUAUCGAUCAAUCGGGGUGAGUUUUGUGCUAUCGGGUUUUUAAAAUGUCUAAAAAAGCCCAUUUUCUUCUGUAUUUAUGCUCUACUAUGUACUUUGCCCAAAUGACGACCACGACCACUCUGUCAAGAGUGUAACAACGAAGAAGAAGAAUGUACAGUUUUGGGUGUUAAAAUUGAUCAUGUUUAUUCAGACCCCCUUAUUGUAGGCAAGGGUUUUUAUAUAUUAUAGAUAUCAUUUAAUUUGUUCCAUGUGGUAAUUUUGAAAUGUAUUUACCAUACGUAAUGCGUCUAUGUAACUUUAUAUAGUUGCGUGUAUUUAACUUUAAAUUUUUGAACUCGCGUUGUUAGCGUGAUCUAUUGGAACUUUAAUAUACUAUGUAUGACAGCAAAUGCCUGAAACGUGUUCAUUUUUAAAUGUACGCCUCCUAUUUUGAGGUUUUUUGGAUGUAUUUUUUACAAAAUUAUAAAUCCAUUUUUAAGCGUUAGUAGUUCUUAUCGAGAACUUGUUAAGUUUUCUCAUGUGUUGUCAUUUCAUUGAUCAUGCAAUGCAGUUGGAUCUUAUUAGGUUCCCCAUACUGAAGUAGUAAUUGUUUGUAUAAUUGCAGCUGAUUGUCGACCAAGGCUAAAGUUGAGAACCUGGUCCUAAGUUUUAUUUGUGUCAAAUCUCGAGUUUUAUGUGGACAUUUGUUUUCAUUUGUCAUUGUUACCGAAAAAUCAGCAGAAAUUCGAAUAAUAUUGCAAAUUAAUUUGUUUUUAACAAGAUAACCAGAAUCAGAAUAUAACAAGAUAAAAUUUAUUGGAAGAUAAUAAGAUCUCACUGCAUCUCGAUAUCACAUCUCAUAUGUUGGGUAUGCUUGUCAAUAUUUCUUGUGAUGAUUGAAAGUGUAAUAAUAAAAAAAAUGUAUAAUUAUAUGCACGGUAUUGUGCUGUUUUCGGCUGAUAUGGGUAUAUAGUUUACUUGUAAAGUUUACAGUUAUCAUUUACAGUGUAAACGAUAACUUUCUUGGCAAAAUUGUGCAAAACAGACCAUUUACAAUAUCGGAGUCUUGGAACUUUGUGAAGAUGAUUAUUUAACAAGGAUCCAAGAUUCAUGAUAUAAAAAGGUUGAAACCAGGAAUUGUUCGUUGUUUAUUUCGACUUAUUAAUCGUUGCUAGGGCAUUGGCGUAUCUAGGAUUAUUUUCUAUGGGGGACCUGGCCACUGACAUCAAGCUAUAAUACUUACUUUAAUAUUAUUAGUAUCCUAAUAGAAUUCUUUAUCGGUAGUCCAUAAUCCUAGGGUUGCCACAGGUUCAUUCUAGGGUGGGGACGACGUUAGGGUGGUUUUUUGACGCCCUCCGUGGCGCAGUGGUACGCUGGAUUUACAAGACGGAGGUCCUGGUUUCGAUCCCCGGCUGGGCCGAUUGAGGUUUUCUUAAUUGGUCCAGGUCUGGCUGGUGGGAGGCUUCGACCGUGGCUAGUUACCACCCUGUCGUAUAGAAACCGAAAGGAGUGUGGAUUUUCAUCCUCCUCCUAACAAGUAAGCCCACUUCCAUCUGAGACUGCAUCAUCACUUACCAUCAGGUGAGAUUGUAGUCAAGGGCUAACUUGUAAAGAAUAAAAAUAAAAAGGCACGUCUCAAACCCCCUGAUACGCCUAUGUGCUAGGAAUGCUCUUCUGUACUGUGUCUGUACAACUUAGCGAUCAUCACUUACUUCGUUGUAUAACAUCAAAGCUAAAAUGACAAUAUGCAGGGAACUACAAGUACUGUCAAAUGACCACCAGUUAUACUCGUAAAAUAAUUUGGUUGCCGAUACUAUUAAACGACUUUUUGUCAAUAGUGAGAUGACAGUCAAAUUGGCACCAAUUAAUUAUUAUUAUUCUUAAAUAUGUUUUGUCAGAUUAGGAAAACUAAAUGUAAGAUCAUUGGAAAGAGAUUAUAUACUUUUUAGUUUUCUUUAAUACGACGUACCUAUUUUCAUUGUUUAAGGUGUUUUAAAUCUAGCAAAACUGCAAUUAUAGUGAGCUUUUGGAAAGUCGUCAGCAAAAACUUAAAAGAAUCAUUCCAUUGCUGACGGCUGAGUAGUUUUUUUUUAUAUUCUCGUGUGUACUCGUAUCUUUAUUGUUUUAGUUCUGAUUUUUUUAAUAUAUUGCUCAAAUGUAUGUUAAAUCAAUAGGUCACAGUUUUAACAGAGAGCUUUUUUCCUAUUCUGAGAAGAGCGUCCAUUAGGUCUAAUAUGCGUGAUAUCUCCUAUAGACAAUUAGACAUUUCGAUUCAGACGCUAUUGGUCGACAAUAUUGUCUUAUAUCUGUCUUAUACAAUUGUCUGUCUUAUAUUCACGAGAUACGUCGAUGGAGCAUUUUAAGUCUACCAAAUGUAAGGUCUAUAAUAUGUUGAACUUAUCGUUUACACCAAUCUGACCAUACAUUAUGAAGUAUGUAUUGUACACACCACUGGGCUCGAUGCCGACGAUGACAUAUAAUCUCAAACGGCAGAAAGAUAAAAAGUCGACCAAUAGCGGCACCAUCGAAAUUUACGUUCUCUUUUUUUGUGAUGGGACGAAAGAGAGAGAGCAAUAUUUACGAAUCCGCUGCUAUUUGUCGACAUGUGUUUGUCUCUCUUUUGUAUUAUGAUAUCUCGUUGUGCAUCUUAGGCAUUUUACGGGAGCUUGCUUACAGUAGGUGGCUCACAUUACAUCAGAGUGAUAGAUAGAUAGAGAUAUGGACGUUAACUAAGGUUCGUCAUUAAAGAACGUCUCAUGAAAAUACUGAAUAUCCAAUCGCUCACUAUUUUUAUAUAUUUUUAAGUUAGACUAUAAAAUGCUCGCAUUUAUUUUGUUUAAGGAACUCGCAUAGAUGUGUGAACAAAACUCAACUGUAAAGACGUGUAGCGUUAGUCUUUGACGAUGCUUUUUGUAACUCGACAGUGCGACUCUUUAUUUCUCUCUCUCUCUCAUAUGUGUGAUAGGGAGGCAGAUUGUUGAGUUAUGAAAUCAUCGUUACUGAAUAGCGCUAGUGAAAUGUAUAUUGUCAAUUCGAUGAUUUCGAUCGUUUUUGUUGCGGUUUUAUUGAUAAAUUUAUUUAUUUAAGUAUAUACGGUUAUAGUAUUUUGUUAUAAGUGUUAAGAAAAAUCUAGAUUUUCGUCGGUAAUUUUCACUAAGAGCACCUCAGAACUUAUUGGUUAUAGAAGCUACUGGACAUGGUUGACAACAAACUAAAAUUUGUCUAAAAAUAGUAACCACCAUAUUAUAUACACACAAUAAUGUGGUCGUUUGUAUUUUUCAUGAGACACGUGAGUUAAUUAAUAAAUAGUUAAUUGAUUGAUUUAUUAAUAGAACCGCAAGUUAUUUGAUGAAAAGUUAGUGACUUUGUAAUACUUUAUUUAUUGUGACAGAGCUAUUAUGAUCUGUAUGUUUUAGGUUAUUAAAAUGAUAUUUUUAAACGUAUAUAAGGUUUUCAGUUGAAAGCGAAUUAUAUAAUAUUGAUUUUUUUA